AUGGAUGUUUUUGGCAACCUAACUCAGAUGAAAAAGCUGUAAGUGGCAUUCAGUACAAACUCCAUAGCAAAGGGAAUUAUGAUGUAUAGUUUUUCAUAGCGCUUGAAGUAAACAUAUGCAUUAUGACCAUUCUAAAACUAGAGUUUUGUGGAUUUAGAUUUUUUUAUUAUUUCAAGAUGUGUACUGCCUUUAUAUAAUGCUAACUUUGGUGGAGUUGGUCAUCGAGAACAAUUGAAAAAAAAGAGGUCAAUAUUAAAUUCAAUUGUCUCACACAGCCUUUGCUUCACGUGAAUUGUGACUAUAAUUUUUUCGCUAAGUAACCAGGGAACUCUGUUAAGAUUGAUUUGAGAUGUAAGUGACUUAUUAUAGUUUGGUGCAUCAGUACUGAAAAGUGAUGUCAUGCUAUGAAAACGCCCAUUUUAACAAUGAACGCGCAAAUGGUAUCUUUUGCCUAAGUUCUCAGGAUCAAGAGUAAUCAGUUUAUGUACUCAGCAAAAAUGGGUAGAACUUUGUAAGUCUUCAAAAUAGCUUUCCCAUGAAGAAACAAUUGGGUUUUAUUUCAUGCCUAUUCGGAGAGAAGAACCUUUCCAAGAAUCUCAAGUUCUAUUUCAACCGACUUUUUUUUCAUUUUAUAUAUCACUCACAGCUUACUCUCCAGUAACAAACUUCAGCACUUGCCAAGGUUCAAAAAUCUCUCCGAGUUGAAAAUAUUGUAAGUGAUUCACGUUUGUGAUAUAACUGGCUCAGUACGUGUCUUGUAUAAUGAGCAUUAACUUAAAGGUAGCGUUGGCCAAAACCAAAGGAUCAGCUUGGAUACGGACUAUUUCUCUGGCAUCUUCUUAUGUUUAAGGAUGUUAAAUGAUUGCGUAAAAAGUUAAAUUAUACAUUCACUUUGGAAAGAGAUACCAUCAACUAAGAACCACACAAGGGUCAAAUAUUUAAGGUGAUAAAACAAAAUACAAUACAACACAUCUCGUACAUUACUUUAAUAGCACCCUCCCCUUCGGGCUUUACAAGGACCAUACGCUAGAAACGAUCGCUGAUGAUUGAUGAUUAACCCAAAUCAAACUUCAAUGAUCAAUUUUUAUUUUUCUUAAAAAAUGUAUGAAAUUGUUUAGCGGUUAUCAAAACGUUGUCGUCAAUACUGAGUUUAUUUGGGUUUUAAAUGAAAACACAGGAUCUAUAAAUUUCAGUUUUUACCUAAUUUUUUCUAGCAGCUUUUCCAGAUGUUCCAGAAAAGGGUUGUUCAAGCUAAAAGUAUAGAAUUCCGGGUGAUGCGAUUAGAAAUACGAGCUUUAACUCGAUUGCAAAAGUAAAUGGGCGCACGUCCGAUCAUUCAUUUAAUUUUUACAACAGCGUUACCAAGGUUUAACCAUUGUUUACCUGGUGGCCAGCAUAGUCCUUUCGGUGAAGGCGUAACACGAUGGAACUUAAUUGUUCUUGUCACAAUGCGCGUGGCAACGUCUUGAUCCAAAUACAUUCAUGAGAUGUUUUUUUCAGAAAGUGUUGGAGCACACUGAUAAGCAGUAGGACAGUUUGCCGAAUACCAAGGCUCCAAUACGCUUUCGAAGGAGGUUUCCAUAAUAAGCAUGUUUAAUUCGACUGACUUUAAUUAAAGAUGAAACAGUUUCUAUAAUAUAAGACAGGGUUUGGGACUAAACUAGUCUCGAGGUCCUCAAAAGAUUAUGCUGAGUCAAGGUUACUUAAGAAUCAAUAAGUUUCGCAGUCACUCCUGUGCUGCCAAAUAUCAUUAAGGUCAAUAAUACCUCUCCUAUCAAAGACUCUGUAAUUAUACCGAACGUCUGUUGCAUUUUAUUGUGUAGAUACCUGUAUAACAACAGCCUCGUACACCUGUCACCUGAUCAGUUCCAAGGCCUGUCCAAACUGGAGGAACUGUAAGUAAAUAUUCGAUGGAAAUCAUAUCUGACUGCACAUGUAACUAUUCUUGACCAAAUAUGUACUUAACCAACUCAGUAGGGCGAAUAGACCUUUCUUUCCUCCUCCCACCACUUUUUCCCAAAGUUUCGCUAAAUUUUGAAGCUAGUGUACUUUGAUUGGAUGAACCUCAGAAACCCAAGCAGAAUUCUGAAAAAGAUUCUUUGUCAUCCAUCCAAGAUAGUAAAUUCCACCUCGGAUUUCUUCAGAAAAAGACAGGAAAAGAAGAGAAUUAGAGAUGUAGCAAUUCUCUCCCUCACCCCCGAAAAAAAUUAACAGAUCAGUGAAACAAUACUUUUUAUAGAAGUCCAAAUAUAAGCAUGCGCUAAGUUUUGACAUUUUCAGCGAGGUAACCGCAAACUGCAUAUCAGUGUAACUUUUACGCAUCCCUGGCUGUGAGUUGUUUUUUUUUCACCUUUUUAUUAUGUUUUCAAUAUCGGAUAGCUUUGAAGAUAUCGUAGGCAGAGGGCAUUUAAGAAUCAAUGAAGAUAAGAAGGAAGUUUAUGUAAAUACGUGCUUACCUCUAAAUUUUUCUACAUUUCUGAUAAUAAUGAUGUGCCCUCUAUGUUGUUCUAGGGCUGUUUACGAAAACAAUAUUGACUACCUGCCACAUGAAGUUUUUAAAGGCAUGAAAAACAUGAUGUCUAUGUAAGUAUCUGUCUCUAAACUAUCCUCUUAUUAACGGUAACGAGGUAUUGUAAAAUUAGUAAGGGUCUCGUGAAGAUGCAAUCAUAGCAAUGUUAGGAAUCUCCGUUAUCUAAGACAAACUCCGCUGGGGAAGAUCAAGAGACCCACAAAGCUGCACACCAAAAACAUGGACAAUCUUCUACCCCCGAGGACAGAUCAUACCUUGAUCAAAACCAUGUGUGAUGGACGACGAAAUAUUUACGAUAGUGAAAGUGAAAACAGGCUGACUAAGAGAUCAUAUUUACUAGAGGUAGAGAGAACUACCAAAAGGCAAAUCAGACAAAACCUUGGGAAACACCAGGUCUCUUUAACCACCAAAAACAAAAUCCUGCUAAGGUAUCCCUUCCAGAUUCAAAACUGAGUUUACAAAGACUUCGACCGCGAAAACCUCUUGAGGAUAGGUAUGACAAUACUCAUGGGGUUAUUUAAAUUGGCAUCGGCCACGCGGAUAGAAAUAGAUCUGGAACUUAAAUAGAGAAUGUUUUUUCAUUCUUGAUAACUUAACUGUGACUUUGAAGAAGCUCUUAGUAAUGUGAAAAUUCGUAAAAAUACUUAUGUGACAUUAUUGUAUGACCCAUUGUCUAAUGCACGGUGAGGUUCUUUUCUCGUUGCAGAACAUUUUGAACAAAUGGAAGAUAUUGCCUUCCAUUCUUGGCUAAUUUUCUGUCCAGUGUUGUUUUAAUUUACGCUUUAAUGCUUGUCAGUUGACGCUCUACGCUUUUCAUUGUUUCAUCGUUCUGUAGGAGCUUUUAUUUCAACAAUAUCCGUACCGUUAGCAACGAACAAUUCAAAGAUGUCGCCCCAAGUAUUCGAUUCCUGUGAGUAUGAGUAAACUGGUAAUAUUCCAGGUGUGUUCAAACUACUUCGAGUUCAAGGGAAACAGAUAUUGUUGGUGCGACCUUCACGUGCCGUAAACUCACGGAUAAGCGCCCCUCCCCCAUUUUAAAGGAUGGACAAGUGAUCAUACCACUGGUCGAAUUGCUUAGGCAGGGAAAUUGGAGUAAACGAUUUUCACAUACAUACUACCACUGAUAUACUAGAAGUUAGGAUCGGCUUUGUUCACUAAUACACAGUUUAUACUUUUAUUUACGCCCAAAUGUUAUACUCCUUGGGACGAUCAUAUCUGGUCACAAGAAAAAGUUUGGGAAAAACUUAAGGAAGGGUCCCUCCGCAUAAAGUACCCUCUCUGUAAUGAGCGACCCAUCCUAAAUUCGAAAUGAGUGCAUCAGAUACUCAUUGCAGUAUUAAAAGCAUAUCAGUAUAACAAAUAAAGUCACUUUGGCAUAGCCUGUGUAAGUAUAUCGUACACACUCAAUGACAAAUUGCUCGUCUUCUGUUUUAGUUUUCUAUCGAAUAGUUGUUGAGAAUUGGGCAGGAAAAGGAACAAGAGAGAGCCGAAAAACUGAUUAAUACAUAACGGUUAUAGGACUGAGUGGAGUCCAAUUCGGUCUGUAAUCAUACAAGUGAUCAGCAAAAUCGGACGACCGCGAGGCGAGAGUCCGAUUUGUUAAUCACGAGUAUGAUUAAGGACAGAAUUGGACGACAAGAAGUCCUGUUACCAAUUAAUCAUAACCAUUUGAAUUUCCGAAAAAGCACUUAAAACAAAUAUCUCCAGUGGAGACAAUGUCUUUAGUUAAAAAUUCCUCCAUUUUGGAAAUCCCCCAUUUUUCCCUUGGAUAAGUGGUUGUUGCUGUGAUUAUUUUGAUCAUUUUCGUGAUGGGCGGAUUAGCUGAGUGGACUUAGUAGCUGAGUCAACUGUCCGAUUACAGGUUUCUGAUUACAGCCAACUGUCCGAUUAAACUGUCCUAUUACAACUUUACAGAAUGAUUAGUAAAAAAUGAAGCUGCGGAUGCACCAAUAACAUUUCAGGAAUUUGUAAUGGUUGUGAUUAAUAGGCUAAAGAUGUCGAUGUUAUCAAGAAUUAGCGAGCAAAGUUUGCCUGAAUUGCUUUCCUUUAAUUUGCAGGUACCUCCAUUACAACGAAAUGCGAGAACUACCGGAGGGUUUCUUUACAAACAUGAAGAAUCUAAUAACUGCGUAAGUCAAGUGGAAUGUUCUCCACGCGAGGAGUUUAAAAUUGAAAAAUUUCAUUUGUCGGUGCUCAGUUAUACUGCGCUUACUUUAUUAUUAUUACACUUUCAUUUUCUUACAAAUUUAGAUCCUGUGAGGGAUCAAAUUUGUCUUUUUUUUUCCCUUUUGUUGUUCAUCUGAACUCUUUUUAUGAACCGUAGGACUGUAGACACCAACCUGAUGUGUUGCCAUUUGACGAAGCAGGAUGCAGAUUGCGACUUUGCUUAUGUCGACAGCUUUGCCAGUUGUGAAACUUUGUUCAGAAAUCGAGCUCCCAGGGAGUGCCUCUGGGUGAUUGGAAUUAUGUCGUUGGUUGGUGCUGUGUUUGUCAUUGUGUGGCGAUUGGUGUUUAGGGAGACGAAGAAGAAAAACAAGAUACAGUCCAUCAUGUUGAUACAUUUGGCUGGGUCCGAUGGACUCAUGGGUGUCUACCUCCUAACGAUAGGUGUGGUGGAUGCCAUUUGGGCAGGGGAGUAUUAUUUGCAUGACUAUUACUGGCGUUCAAGUUUGACAUGUCAGGUAACAGGUGCCAUUGCCGUGUUGUCAAGUGAGGUGUCUGUAAUGACGAUUUGUUUGCUCUCCGCCGACCGGAUGAAGAAUGUUCUGUUCCCCUAUCGGGGAAAGUCCCUUACACUUAAGGUUACGCACCUUUUGUGCUUCCUUAUCUGGAUUGUUGGUGGCAUAAUUGCAUUUAUUCCCACGGUGGGCUUCGACUACUUCGGUAGUCGCCAGAAAGGUCAUCACUUCUAUGGCAGAUCAGUUGUAUGUCUGCCAUUGCAGCUUUCCACAGAUAAGCCGUCGGGCUGGGAGUACUCUGUUGCCAUGUUUGUGGGUUUAAACUUUACCCUUGUGCUCUUUGUCGUUGUGGCAUAUGCGAUGAUAAUCUAUAAGUCCUGCGCAUCAAACAGGCGCAUGGCUAAACAAGGGACCGAAAGAGAGAGGAGAAUGAAAGCCAAGGCAAGGGCAGCCGAUCUUAGGAGGGAGGCCUCGCUCGCCAAAAGAGUGUUCUUCAUUGUUCUUACCGACUGUGUCUGCUGGCUGCCUAUUGUGGCGAUUGGAAUGAGGUCUCUCUUGGAAAAAUCCUUCCGUACACCUGGUGACCUCGCAGUUUGA